AUGCCGGCGUUUCCUCAGCCAUUCACCUCAACCGUGUCCCACUGGCAAGCUACCAACCGGGGUCCCACGUCUCUAUGGAACCAUGGCCGCGACGACCCCCUCCCAGAGACUGCCGACUACGUUAUUAUCGGGGCUGGAAUCACAGGCGCCUCACUUGCCUAUCAGCUUACCCGCCCCGGCGCGGCCGGCGAGGGCAAGACGGUCGUGGUGCUCGAGGCCAAGGACGUUGCCUCCUGCGCAUCAGGACGCAAUGGCGGUCACAUUGCGCCUCGUUCGUGGGACCUGAUGGGCUCACUGACUGCCCCGCUGUGGGAGGGCCCAGGUGGGAACGAGGUGAGAGGCUCCGGUCUCACCCCAGAGGAGGCACUCGACGUCUACUUCUUCGAGCUGGACAACCUCGACUUGGUGGAAGACAUUGUUAAGACGGAGAAGCUCGACGUCGACUUUUGGAAAGGAAGCCGCCUAGAAGUCUUUUCCACCACUGCCGGCGCUGACAAGACACGCGAGAACCUCGUGGCGUUCAAGAAGGCCCACGCCGCGAGUGCCAAGCAUCGAUCGCGUCCAGCUCAGUGGGAGCAUGUCGAUGAUGCCACCGAGGCGAAGAAUGUGUCUCGUGUUACCGACGCAAUAGCCCUGAACAAGGGACCGGGUGGCAGCUGGCAUCCACACCGCGGCACGAUGGCGUUGCUCCGGCUGGCCCUCGAAUCUCCGUGUUCGGACUUUCGCCUGCUGUCUUGGACACCGGUAAUGAGCCUCGAGCAAGUCGACGGCAGCGGCUGGAGUGUCGACUGCGGGACGCGUGGGCAGAUCAAAGCCCCCAGGGUGGUCCUCUGCACGAAUGCCUACACCCGCCACCUGUUCCAAGACGAUCUCGCAGCAGGACAGGGUGUGCCAGCUCACCUUGUCCCCUAUCGUGGUCACGCAGGACUAGUUGUGCCUCCCACCACGUUUGCGGGCCGCAACAGUCUGGGCACCACGUAUGGCUUUGAGAAUGGCGCCUACCUGAUAAGUACUGUGCACUCGGGCCUCGUGCUCGGGCCGUACUGGCAGGCCGUCCUUGACACUGGGCUGGGCACCAUGAGCGAUAUCUUCUUUCUUGAGGACGACUCGGUCGUUGUUCCAAAGUUCCGCGAGUGGAUUGAAACGUUUUGCAAGGACCGAUACAGAGGAUGGGGCCCUGAGAAUCGAUCCGAGGGCCCGGUGCACGCUUGGACCGGCAUUAUGGGUGUCUCUGUCGACCUGCUGCCGCUGGUGGGUCCUGUCCCAGGCAAGCCUGGACUCUUGGCAGCCGUGGGGUACAGUGGGCAUGGCAUGGCCAUGGUUGUCAACAUCACGCGUUGCCUCGCCGCCAUGCUCAGGAACGAGGCCGACGACCGGUCUGCUGCUGUUGUCUGGGACCCUCGACUCCCACGCAGCUUUGAAAUCACAGAGAAGCGCCUGAAACGCGCGCCACAUUUGGCGAAAGCGUUCAGCGAUCCAGUCGGGCCAGUCCAGACAACGUCCCGGUCAUGA